CACUCUUCAUCCAGCGAGUCCACCCUGUACGCCAUGGCAGCGGGAAGGUCAACCUCUCGGUCAAGGAAGAUACCGAAUGGAGCUCCUCCGGAGGAUAAGCACUCUGCUCACUCUAAUUACGCCAAAGCUACUGUUGACCGGGAGGCUGGCCAAGAUUAUCAUAUCGCUGGACCGCAUGUCCAGCUCGACCGAUCAGAUCAUGCUCUUUACACUGUCGAUCACCACAUCAGACAGGCCCUCCAAGCAAUGAAACAUGGUCAUACCAAGCCAUUCCUCAAAGCUUUUCAUCAUGUCUUAGAAGAGUACAAGAGGCUAGAUAAGAGUCGGUCAUCGUCCUAUAGAGAGCGAUUCCAGAAGCAUUGCUCCAUCGAAGUGCGUUCAAAACCGAUCACAAAGCUAAACCCGCAGAGCAAUGCAGACGCACCCAGACUCCGUACCGGAAGAUACACCACCCUCCUAUGGCUGGUCAAAGUCUAUGCGAAGCUCUUUGGAGGACUAGUUGAAAUACCCUCUUGCGCUUCAAUCAUGUCUCGCGGUGGUCCACGCCCUCGGAUGGGUCUCACACAAUUGUGCAAUCAGUUGCCAGUCUUCGGCGCUCCGGUCAACACUAUCUUUGCCAUUCUGAUAUAUACCCUCAUCCCAUUCUACAUCGGUCUGCCUUUUGGAUCGGAAGUAACCAUCUACGGGACUAGGCUGUACGCGGGAUUCUGGGGCUGGCUGGGUCCUCUAAGCUUCUUUCUUGGCGCGUGGUUCAAAGCGUCGGAGAUUCAGCCGGAGCUCUUUGCGGCUCAUUUAAUCGAGACUUGGAUCCACCUCCUUGCAGAAACGGAACAAGAUGAACUGUCAAGUGAUGGAUCGUACGCGAGUGAGGGCUUGUCGAGAAUAUUCUUCAAAGCAAGUCAAGGUCAGGUGCAAGAUGUGACGUACCCGAAAUCUUUCCGUAGAGCAGUAUGGGGUGAUAUAUAGAUAUGAAGCAUACGAUCGUCGAAUGGUAUACGAGCAACAAAGGCUGAACGACCAACUUCAU